CACGGAGCCGCCGCCAUGUCGCGGGCGGCGCGCUCGGUCCGGGCCGCGGCCGGGGCCAGGUCGGCCCCGGGGGCGGCCCCGAGGCCCGUCCGGAUCCUCAUCCCGGCCGGCGGGGCCGCGCCGGGGCCGCCCCUGGGGCCGGUGCUGGGGCAGCGCGGGGUCCCCAUCGCCGCCUUCUGCAAAGACUUCAACGAGCGCACCCGGGACAUCAAACCCGGGGUCCCUCUGAGGGUCCGGCUGCUCGUGCAUCCUGACCGGACCUACUCGCUGACCAUCGGGACCCCCCCCACCUCCUACUUCCUCAAGGCCGUGGCCGGAGUGGAGAAAGGCUCAUCCAGACCUGGCCAUGAGCCGGCCGGGGUGGUGUCCCUGGCGCAGCUGUUCGAGGUGGCCGUGGCCAAGCAGAGGGACCCCGCGGUGGCCACACGGGGGACGCCCCUGCCCGCCCUGGUGGGAUCCCUGGUGGGCUCUGCCCGCAGCCUCGGCCUGCUCGUGGUGCCCAGGUUGACCCCCCAGGCCGUGGCCGAUGUCCAGCGGCGCCACCGGGAGCUCCAGGCGGCCGCAGCCCCCCCGGGCGGGCAGGAGGAGGACGAGGGGGGGGCCCGCGGGAAGUGACCCCUCCCCAAAUCCACCCAGAUCCUCGGGGGGACCCCAAAACUCGGGGACCCCCCCCCCAAAUAAAGAGCUCCUGCCACA